GUUCCGGUCCCCGGCGCCAUUUUGUGGUGUGCAAGAAAUCUUGGAGAGCAGGCUGAGCGCUGGCGCGAGGAGCAGUCUGAGACGCAAAACGCGAAGCUAGACGGUGCAACUUCAUCUCUGAAGAUUCCCCCACAUUCCAAAAAUGUCUGAAAACGCGUCGGCGUUAGAUUCGGUGGCCGGAGAGGCCCUUGAAGGGGCCGGGGUGCGCAAAUUAUCUGAGCUGAGAGUCAUCGACCUGAGGGCCGAGCUGAAGAAACGAAACCUGGAUAUCAGCGGGAACAAGAGCGUUCUGUCCGAGCGGCUUAAGAAGGCCAUUGAGGAGGAAGGAGGCAAUCCUGAUGAAAUAGUGGUUCAGCUUGAGAUUACUCCCAAGAAAACACCCAGGAGAACUCCUAAAGGGAAGCGAACCGAAGCGGAUGAAUCUGAGGACUGUGCGCUGGAAGAGGAGUCUGUCGAUGGCCAGGAAGAGGGAGAUGCGCCCGGAGAGAGCGUUCAUGACAUGGACAUCAUGGACAUGAACGUUCUGGAUGAAGCCGACAUCGAUAACAACAUGAUGCCCGAGGACGAGGAAUAUUACGAGAACGAGCUUCUUAACACCUUUUCCAACGAAGGCAACGCAGAAGACUACGGCGAUUCUGACGCGCUCAAGUCCGAGUCCGAGGAGGAAACGGAAACUAAGCAAGCAGACUCGGAAGAUUAUCCGAAACAGGACAUUCAGGGUUCUGAACCACUGGAGCAGCGUAAAGACAUGACAGAAAGUGAGAAAGUAGCCGGGUGUUGUAUAUCAGAGCCACUUAACGAGGAGCGGCCUGAAGAGGAGAACGCUCCACUGUGGGAUGAAACUCACAAGGAAGAGGAGGACAAUGUGUCCGACCUCGCUAAAGCCAAGGAGGCCGACAAUGUGGAAGGAGACAUUGAUGCCUCGGAGCAAAGCGAAGUCCAACCCCCAUGUGAGGACCAACAAGGCGUUAAGGACAAUUCGCCGGGUGCCGAGAGCACCUCCUCUCACGCUGCUAACGCAAAUGAAACGGGCUUGCACAAAAUCGAAAGCACCGAUUCAGAAAGCGUGGCGAAGGCCGAGGGGAGCAAGGAAGACACGAAGACUGAAGAGAGUGCUGCAGAAUCUUCAGAAGUGAAAGAGUCCUCAGUAGAGGGUGAUGAUCAGAAAAAGAGUGAUGAAAAAUCAGGCAAGCCCGACUCUAAAGAUGAUAAAGCAGGCAGUGCUGCAAGUAGCGGAAGGAACCUGUGGGUCAGCGGCCUCUCGUCAACCACAAGAGCGACUGAUCUGAAGAAUCUGUUCAGCAAAUACGGCAAGGUGGUGGGCGCUAAAGUGGUGACGAACGCCCGGAGCCCAGGAGCUCGUUGUUAUGGUUUUGUGACCAUGUGCUCUACAGAGGAGGCCACCAAGUGCAUCAGCCACCUGCACCGGACCGAGCUGCACGGCCGCAUGAUCUCUGUAGAGAGGGCCAAGAAUGAGCCAGCUGGAAAGAAACCCGCCGAUAAAAGCGACGCAAAGAUGACAACUAGUGACAGACGGCACUCCUCGGAGUCCAAGACCGAAAAAUCGGACGGCAAGGACGAGAAAGCCGAAGGCUCCGAUGACAAAGCUGGAGAGAGGACCGUCGUCAUGGACAAAUCAAAAGGAGAACCUGUUAUCAGCGUCAAAACCAAGAGCAAGGAGCGGAGUACCAAGAGUCGUGACCGCAAGUCUUCGAGCCGAGAGAGGAAGGACAUACUGUCUUUUGAUCAAAUCAAAGAGCAGCGAGAGCGUGAGAGGCAGAGGCAGCGCGAGAGAGAGGUCCGAGAGAUGGAGAGACGCAGGCAUUCUGGCAGCGGCGAUCGUGACGGUCGCAGCGAGCGCGAGCGCAUCCGUCUGUUCCGUGAGCGCGAGGAGCGCGAGAGGCUGAUGCGUAAGCGCAACUGGCUAGAGGUGGAGAAGCAGCGGCUGGACGCUGACCGCAUGGAACGCGAGUUCCUUGAGCGUGAGCGCGUGCGAGUGGAGUACGAGCGCCGGCGUGAGCAGGAGCGGAUUCACAGAGAGCGUGAGGAGCUGCGCAGACAGCAGGAGCAGCUUCGCUACGAGCAGGACCGCCGCCCGCUCAAGAGGCCUUACGACAUGGACGGCAGGAAAGACGAUUGGCCGGUAAAGAGGAUGCCCAUGGAUGAACGAUAUGGGCGCUCCGAUUUUGGUCGUCAGGAUCGAUUCCAAGAUUUUGACCACAGAGAUCGUGGCCGCUACCAGGACGACAUGUUCAUGGAAAGGAGAGAUGCUCCCAGAGGUGGCCUGCCUGCAGACCGAGACAGCCAGCACUUUUCUGACCGGGACCGGCACAACAGAGACUCUCGGGAUAACUGGAGCGGCGGAGGUGGUUUUGACAAGCGGCCAAUAAAUGCCCCAAGGCCAGUCCCUGGCAGAGACGGACGAGACUGGGAGCCUGGGCGUAAAAUGGACGGCGACAGAUCCUGGCAAGGACCAGAUCGGGGAAUGCCUGGUCAGAGUCACAUGCCCAGAGGAGGAAUGGCCAGCCGGGGUGGAUACAUGCAGACAGGAACGUCCCAGUCUCUUUCCGGAACCAUGAACCGACAGAACCAGAUGAUGCAGGGAGGUGGCGCCGGCACUGGCACCGGGGGAAGCAUACAGGGGGCCGGAGCCUUCGGUCGCCGUUACUGAUCCACUUUUCCUCUCCUUUUCAUCAUUUUUUGUACUUGUGAUUUGCAGCAUGUAUAUAGCUUCUAAAGCUUUGUAAAUUUGUUUAGCUUUUUAAGGAUGCUUUCUCUUGGCCGUACACAGACUGACGAAACCAUUACAAAUUUCUCCCCAACCCCGAAGUUCAGAUUCUUUUUUUUUUUUUUUUUUUUUUUAAUUAAGGAUGUCUUGGUUUUUCUAAUGCUCAGGAACGUUGUGCGAAGUUGAAACCGUGCUGCAGAUAUAAUGUAUGUUUCAGUGAAGUUUUCACGUUUUUCUUUUAUUUAAACGAAUACAGUCGUGAUUUUUCCUUUAUUUCUGGUUAUAUGGUAAUUCCAUCAAACCCCUUUGUAGUAAAGUGAGUUGCGUUUGUGAUGUUGACAGGUGGCGCUGUUGUGUUCUUAUUUCUUUAGGACAACUGUUUGAACACUUCUUACUGUCAUUUGUGUGUUUGUGUGCGUGCAUGCUUGGCAUUUCCCCCUGAUUGAGUGAAUAAAGUUGUUUCAUAAAACAUA